AAAGAGGCAAGUUUGCUGAACCCGUUUGGCUGGGCAGGACGCGCACAAACUAACGUGCUGUAAAACCGUCGGAUCAACCUUGUCUUGAUACCAGAUUAACGCAUCAGAUAGAUAACCAGAAAGCCCAGAUGUCAGUGUAUUGGAAGAAAACAUUCUUACUGACGAGGAGUGAGUCACAGUUUAAAGCAGCUGAAUAAGCGUGCGCCGGUGCGGACUGGGAGAUUCGGCGUGGGGUGUUACACUCCUGUUACACUCUCUCGGGUACUUAAAGCCCCUGCUGCUGCAGCGGUUUUUAUGGGGAAGAGGAGCGUGGAGCUCGCGACGCCGAACGGACCAACAGCUGCUGCUGCUGCGCGAGCCUCUGGUGCAUCAGAGAGCGCGUGGGAUGCCCGAGCACGCGGCUGGUGCGCAUCUUCAUAAAGAGCUUCGAUACUUCAAAACUGCAUCUGUUCAGAGCUAAAGUCUGAGACAGAACAAGAGUUUGAAGAGAGUUUCUCCUAAACCAAGAAGCUGCCUCAUAUCCAGAGCUAACCAGAGAAAAGUUUUUAUUUGUUUUUAAGAACUUCAAAGGGAACAGAGAAGAUGCGUGGAGAGGUCGCGAGGAGAUUUCAGAUGCUGCUCGCGCUUUGCUCCAUUCUCCUCUACAGUUUGGGAGCGGGAUUUCCAACAAAACGCAAGAGCUUCACACAUAAAAUUCAUGGCAAUCCAGUUCACGUUGCUGGGAUCCAGCAUGUUUCUGAGGAGCAGCAGAACCAGGUCCAGACCAUACUUCCUGAGCCUCACAGCCACCAGAGGAGGUGGUCUCACCCCCAACAUCGCUCUGUAGGUGUUCUCCCACAGCCCGAGCCCGAGGAAGAGACCAAGCCUUUUAUUUUGGACCUAAACAACUUUCCAGACCUGACCAACGCUGACAUUAACUCACAGAACCCCAACAUACAGGUUACUAUAGAAGUAGUCGACGACCCUCAGAUGGAGGUAGAGAUGGACCUGGCCAAUGAAAAAGAUUGGCUACCUUCUUCUUCGUCUCCUUCCUCCACAGUGGAUUUGAUCGGAGGCAAGAAGCUCUUCUGGCCCCUGUUUUGGAGCUACACCGAUUCCAGUGAGGAAAUCAACAGUCGGUCAAGCACAGACGAAACUGGGGAAGAGGAAGGGGAGGAUGAUUACUCUGUGGAUUAUGGGAGUGAAGAGCUCUUACUCAGUGGAGUUGGGGGAGACUGGGAUACUCGCUGGAAUGGUUUCGAUCCCAUGGAAAGCUACUAUGAGAAAGACACUGAUGAAUGGACUCCUUGGUCACCGUGCUCGGUGACAUGUGGACACGGUGAAAGGAAGAGGACUAAAUCCUGUGGCUACUCCUGCAUGCUGACAGAAGCUUCAAAGUGUGACCUGGAGCCUUGUCCUGGGGAUGUCAACACUGUAGUAGAACCAUUCCCCUUUGAGAUGGAGAAUGGAACUGAACCAUUCGGAACAGAUGUGGACAGCUGUGAGAAAUGGCUGAACUGCAAGAGUGACUUUCUCCAAAGGUAUCUGGAGCAGGUUUUGUCUGAGCUGCCCAGCUGCCCCUGCUCGUACCCGUCUGAAGUGGCUUACACCGUGGUAAGCCUGCAUGAUGAGACUCACGGCCGAACUUUCCGAUGGCGCGACGCCAGUGGCCCAAAGGAGCGCUUGGACAUCUACAAGCCCUCGGCACGCAGCUGUAUCCGCUCAGCGCUUUCCAGCGACUCAUCUACUCUGGCAGCACAGCACUGUUGCUACAACGAUCGUGGUCGGCUGAUCACACGCGGGAAGGGAGCGGGCACACCGAACCUCAUCAGCACAGAGUUCUCACAGGAGCUGCAUUUCAAGGUAGAUGUUCUGCCUUGGAUCCUGUGUAAGGGGGACUGGAGUCGCUUCCAUGUGGUGCGGCCACCAAAUAACGGACUGAGUUGCCCAGAAAACCCCCAUGAAGACGUGUUUAUGAAUGAACUUGAAGAGGCCAGAGAGUACUGAGGUCCUAGAGCCAAAACAACUACACUUCAGUUCAAGAGUCAGAAGACCCAGUCCAAAUUUCUGCAACACCCUCUGCUAAAAGUUUGGAAAUAUUACUUUUAAGCCACUCAUGAGCUAUUAAUCAUUUAUGGAAAACUCAAACAAUUUCAUUCUUGACUGGGAGUUUUGAUGAGGUUUGUGCCUAUUUCAAAUUAGGAAUAGCAUCAUUGUUCUGAAUACAGGCCGGACUUACUAAUUUAAACGAAUAGAUGAGG